UCACGUCAUUUGUUUCUGUCGGGGAGUUAUCUUGCCGCGAUGUUUCAUCUUUGAUGGUCGACAAUGAGGAGUAACGUUAGUCAGCUUCAACAACACCGUAAAUAAUCUGCGUGUUUUUCACUUCGCACCGCCGGUUUCAACUCUCGGAGCGGCUCGACCCGGUUCUGUUAACCCCGGAGAAGCAGCGCGACAGUUUACAGCAGUUUAUCCACCGAGAAGUUAUCCCGGGUUAAAUUAGCCAGCUUCGUGGCACGAAAUAGGUCACACCAGCUUCUUGUUGACAGCGGAGUCUGGUGUCUCUCGUCUCCCUCCGCCUCAUCCAAGCGGGUCCGCAGACUUUAACGGUUACACGGACGAUGGUUUUACUGAAAAACCUCCGUCCUCCCACCGAGGGAGUGCGACAUGAGCAAGCCGAGACCACGGCGGUGAUGGACGGCCAGAAGGUGGGCUGCGGCACGCUGUACGUCGCGGAAACGCGCCUGUCGUGGUUCGAUGGCUCGGGGAUGGGUUUCUCUCUGGAGUAUCCCACCAUCGGCCUGCACGCCAUCUCCAGAGACGUCAGUGCUUACCCGCAGGAACACCUCUACGUCAUGGUCAACGGCAAACUGGGGGGUGAGAAUGAGGCAGAAAUGGAAGAGAAAGGAGCUGAUGAUGAAGACGAUGCCAGCAGUAACAGCAGCAGUGGUGAUGAUGAUGAAGAAGGAGCGAUCACAGAGAUUCGAUUUGUGCCCAGCGACAAGGCGGCAUUGGAGACCAUGUUCUCAGCGAUGUGUGAGUGCCAGGCGCUGCACCCCGACCCAGAGGACGAUGACUCAGACAACGACUUCGAAGGAGAAGAGUACGACGUGGAGGAGGCCGGUGAGGGCGGACACACACACACACACACACACACAAUUUCCCAGUGUGUACAAUAAAGUUCUGGUAUCAAG